CUUUCUAGCUGGUUUAGACGAUGACGGAGAGGAAGUCUUUAUACCGGGACGGAAGAAGCGAUUCUCUUCAAGUGUCCGUCGUCCGUCGCGUUCGUACGCCGCUCACGGUUUCCCUAAUACGGCGUAAAAAAAACCCUUUAUUAAAAAGCCAUGGAGGAAGAUGAUCAAAAAGUUGCCGUGAUGCGUAAAGCGUUUCAAAUGUUUGAUACAACGAAAAGUGGUUUCAUCGACACCAUGAAGAUCUCGACGAUAUUAAACACAAUGGGGCAACUAUUCGACGAUGGUGAAUUAAAUGCUUUAAUCGAGGAAAAUGAUCCCGAGGGUUUGGGCAAAGUGAAUUUUGAUGGUUUCUGUAAAAUCGCCGGUCGAUUUCUUGAAGAAGAAGACGCCGAGGCGAUGCAAGAGGAAUUGAAAGAGGCGUUCCGAUUGUACGACCGUGAAGGUAACGGAUACAUUACUACGGCUACAUUGAAAGAGAUUUUGGCGGCGCUCGACGAUAAACUCACAAAUUCCGAUCUUGAUGGAAUAAUCGCAGAGAUCGAUACGGACGGCUCCGGUACGGUGGACUUUGAUGAAUUUAUGGAGAUGAUGACUGGAGAAUGAUCGUGUACUAGAAUGACGAUGAAUUGCCCAAUCACUAAAAAAAACAAUAAACUUUCUUAAUAAAAUAAUAUUUUUCGGAGAAAAA